CUUGCCGCGCAGGGCUCGCUCUGUCGCUCCCCGCCGCCGCGCCCGCCAAUGGAGACUGCCGCCGUGCCCGUGUCCAGAUCGGCCAGCCGCGCCGCGCUCCCCUCCACCUUUGCGCCCCGCCAGACCCGCGUCGCACUCCCCCGCCGUGCCGCGCCGAUGCAGCGCCUCGUCACGCGCCGAUCGGCUGCUGCCGACGACAAUGCGGCAGCGGAGGAGCGCCCUAUCGAGAAAAAGUUCACUACCUUCCCGACCGUCAUGGACAUCAACAAGAUCCACGAGAUCCUGCCCCACAGGUUCCCGUUCCUUUUCGUAGAUAAAGUGAUCGAGUACAAGGCGGGGGACUACGCUGUUGCGAUCAAGAAUGUAACGAUAAACGACAACUUUUUCUGUGGGCAUUUCCCAGGCCGACCCAUAAUGCCUGGUGUUCUAAUGGUUGAGGCUAUGGCGCAGGUUGGAGGCAUUGUGAUGUUGCAACCUGAAGUUGGUGGAUCAUCACAAGGCAAUUUCUAUUUCGUAGGGAUAGACAAAGUGAGGUUCCGCAAGCCAGUACUUCCUGGGGAUACUUUGGUCAUGAGAAUGACGCUAGCUAAUCCUCAGAAGAGAUUUGGGUUUGCCAAGAUGGAAGGGAAAGCUUACGUGGAUGGUAACAUAGUAUGUGAGGGGGAAUUCCUCCUUAAGAGCGCGGCAGGUCAACACAAAGAGACCUAGCAGUGUUGUGGGAAUUGAGUCUUGAUUAGGAUCAUGCCAGCUCCAUUUGUUUUGAGAAUCGAGUCAUGAACUGAACUUGCAGCAUGUGAGGCGGCGAUCUGUUACAUUAGGUUAGUCGUGUAAUGAACCACAUUUUGUA